AUGCCGAAUAUAAAAAUAUUUUCGGGUAGUUCAAACAUAGAUUUAGGGCAGAAAAUUGCGGACAGGAUAGGUGUUCGUCUUGGCAAGGUGACUUCACGAAAAUUCAGCAAUCAGGAAACAUGUGUAGAAGUCGGAGAAUCGGUUCGGGGCGAAGACGUCUUCAUUGUCCAAACUGGUGGAGGUGAAGUGAACGAUAACCUAAUGGAAUUGCUUAUCAUGAUCAAUGCGUGUAAAAUCGCCUCCAGCUGCCGUGUCACUGCUGUCAUACCGUGCUUCCCAUAUGCAAGACAAGAUAAAAAAGAUAAAUCGAGGGCCCCAAUAUCUGCCAAGUUGGUAGCAAAUAUGUUAUCAGUCGCCGGAGCCGAUCAUAUCAUCACGAUGGAUCUUCACGCGAGUCAAAUCCAGGGUUUUUUCGACAUCCCAGUGGAUAAUCUGUACGCUGAGCCAGCGGUGAUUAAGUGGAUCAAAACCAAUAUUCCAGAAUGGAAGGACUGUUGCAUCGUUAGCCCCGAUGCUGGAGGCGCUAAACGGGUGACAUCAAUCGCCGAUCAACUGAAUGUAGAUUUUGCCCUGAUCCACAAGGAGCGAAAGCGUGCAAAUGAAGUUGAUCGCAUGGUUUUGGUCGGUGAUGUUACGCAGCGUGUCGCAAUACUUGUUGACGACAUGGCCGAUACAUGCGGCACAAUCUGUACGGCUGCUGACAAGUUAAUUGAGGCGGGUGCUUCGAGAGUCUACGCAAUCUGCACCCAUGGCAUUUUCUCUGGGCCUGCCAUAGACCGCAUAAACAAUUCCUCUUUUGAGUCCGUCGUUGUGACCAAUACAUUGGAUCAGGAAGAAAACAUGCGAAGGGCACCAAAAAUACAGUGCAUCGACGUUAGCACCAUGCUGGCUGAAGCUAUCCGUCGUACACAUAACGGAGAAUCUGUUUCCUACCUUUUCAACCAUAUCCCGUUGUAA